CUCUCCUCAGGGCUCGGCCUGAAGUCGUCGAUGUGGACGAGUCUCCGUUGACAUCGAGGCGUGUGUCAGAGGUCAGAGGUCAUGAUGACGACGGUGGCCGCCGACUUCGACCACAUGGAGCUGCAGCAGCACUACAGCAGCAACGACACGGUCAACAACCGCUGGGACGAUGAGUGGGACAACGAGAACAGCUCGGCCCGCCUCUUCGAACGCUCACGCAUCAAGGCGCUCGCAGAUGAGCGCGAGGCGGUGCAGAAGAAGACCUUCACUAAGUGGGUGAACUCUCACCUGUCCAGAGUCUCCUGCAGGAUCACAGACCUCUACAUGGACCUGAGGGACGGACGCAUGCUCAUCAAGCUGCUGGAGGUCCUGUCAGGAGAGAGACUGCCGAAGCCCACGAAGGGCCGGAUGAGGAUCCACUGUCUGGAGAACGUGGACAAAGCUCUGCAGUUCCUGAAGGAGCAGCGGGUUCACCUGGAGAACAUGGGGUCACAUGACAUCGUGGACGGGAACCACCGACUGGUGCUGGGCCUCAUCUGGACCAUCAUCCUCCGCUUCCAGAUCCAGGACAUCAGCGUGGAGACUGAAGACAACAAAGAGAAGAGAUCUGCUAAAGACGCCCUGCUGCUGUGGUGUCAGAUGAAGACUGCCGGGUAUCCGAACGUGAACAUCCACAACUUCACCACCAGCUGGAGAGACGGGAUGGCUUUCAACGCUCUCAUCCACAAACACAGACCCGAUCUGAUCGACUUUGACAAACUGAAGAAAUCCAACGCUCACCAUAACCUGCAGAACGCCUUCAACCUGGCCGAGCAACACCUGGGCCUGACCUCACUGCUGGACCCCGAGGAUAUCAGCGUGGACCAUCCUGAUGAGAAGUCCGUCAUCACCUACGUGGUCACGUACUAUCACUACUUCUCCAAGAUGAAGGCUCUGAAGGUGGAGGGGAAACGCAUCGGGAAGGUUUUGGACAACGCCAUCGAGACGGAGAAGAUGGUGGAGAAGUACGAGUCUCUGGCCUCAGACCUCCUGGAGUGGAUCGAGCAGACCAUCAUCAUCCUCAACAACAGGAAGUUCGCCAACUCUCUGCUGGGGGUCCAGCAGCAGCUCCAGGCCUUCAACACCUACAGGACCGUGGAGAAGCCCCCCAAGUUCACGGAGAAAGGGAACCUGGAGGUUCUCCUGUUCACCAUCCAGAGCAAGAUGAGGGCCAACAAUCAGAAGGUCUACAUGCCCCGCGAGGGGAAGCUGAUCUCAGACAUCAACAAGGCCUGGGAGCGUCUGGAGAAGGCGGAGCAUGAGAGGGAGCUGGCUCUGAGGACUGAGCUGAUCCGUCAGGAGAAACUGGAGCAGCUGGCCCGGCGCUUCGACCGUAAGGCCGCCAUGAGGGAGACCUGGCUCAGCGAGAACCAGCGGCUCGUGUCCCAGGAUAACUUUGGAUUCGACCUGCAGGCCGUGGAGGCGGCCACCAAGAAACACGAGGCCAUCGAGACGGACAUCGCGGCCUACGAGGAGCGGGUCCAGGCCGUGGUCUCUGUGGCGAAGGAACUGGACGUGGAACAUUACCACGACAUCAAACGCAUCACGGCCCGGAAGGACAACGUGAUCCGGCUCUGGGAGUACCUGCUGGAGCUCCUGAAGGCCCGCAGGCAGAGGCUGGAGAUGAACCUGGGUCUGCAGAGGGUCUUCCAGGAGAUGCUCCACAUCAUGGACUGGAUGGACGAGAUGAAGAUGUUGCUGCUGUCCCAGGACUACGGGAAGCACCUGUUGGGGGUCGAGGACCUGAUGCAGAAACACGCUCUGGUGGAGGCCGACAUCGCCAUCCAGGCGGACCGCGUGAAGGCCGUCGCCACCAACGCCCAGAAGUUCUCCAUCAACGAUGACGGCUACAAGCCCUGUGACCCUCAGGUAAUCCUGGACCGGGUCUCUCACCUGGACUUCUGCUACCAGGAGCUGACCCAGCUGGCCGCCGAGCGCCGCGCCCGCCUGGAGGAGUCCCGCCGUCUCUGGAAGUUCUUCUGGGACAUGGCGGAGGAGGAGGGCUGGAUCCGUGAGAAGGAGCAGAUCCUGUCCUCCCUGGAGCACGGCAAAGACCUGACGGGGGCGCUGCGCCUCCUCAGCCAGCAGCGCGCCUUAGAGGACGAGAUGACCGGGCGGGCGGGACACCUCCAGCAGACCAUCACGGAGGGCGAGGCCAUGGUGGAGGCGGGACACUUCGCCGCCACCAAGAUCCAGGACCGCAUCGCCGACCUGAAGGCUCAGUGGGCGGCGCUGGAGCAGCUGGCGGCGGCGAGGAAGACGAGGUUGGAGGGAGCUCUGGCUCUGCACCAGUUCCAGGCGGACGCCGACGACGUGGACGCCUGGACCCUGGACGCCCUGAGGAUCGUCUCCAGCGGCGAGACGGGACACGACGAGUUCUCCACGCAGGCUCUGGUCAGGAAGCACAAAGACGCCGCGGCGGAGGUGGCCAGCUACCGCCCGGUCAUCGACUCCCUCCACGAGCAGGCCGCCUCCCUGUCCCCUGAGGAGGCGGAGUCUGAGGAGGUGCGUGGUCGCCUGGCGGGCAUCGAGGAGCGGUACAGAGAGGUGUCAGAGCUCACCAAGCUCAGGAAGCAGGCGCUGCAGGACGCGCUGGCCCUCUACAAGAUGUUCAGCGAGGCCAACGCCUGCGAGGUCUGGAUCGACGAGAAGGAGCAGUGGCUGAACAGCAUGGAGAUCCCAGAGAAGCUGGAGGACCUGGAGGUGGUCCAGCACAGGUUCGAGAGUCUGGAGCCGGAGAUGAACAACCAGGCGUCACGCGUCGCCGUGGUCAACCAGAUCGCUCGCCAGCUGACGCACAAUGGACACCCGAGCCAGAAGGACAUCAAGACCCAGCAAGACCAGCUCAACAACCGGUGGAGCCAGUUCCGGGACCUGUUGGACCAGAAGAAGGAGUCCCUGAACUCGGCUCUCGGGGUGCAGAACUACCACCUGGACUGCAACGAGACCAAGUCCUGGAUCAAAGAGAAGACCAAAGUCAUCGAGUCCACCCAGGAGCUGGGUAACGACCUCACGGGGGUCAUGGCCCUGCAGCGGAAACUGACCGGUAUGGAGCGGGACCUCGCCGCCAUCGAGGACAAACUGGGGGAUCUGCGGGGCGAGGCCGAGCGUCUGGCGGAGGAGCACCCGGACCAGGCCAAGGCCAUCACGGGCCGCCUGGCCGAGAUCAACGCGGUCUGGGAGGAGAUGAAGAACACCCUGAAGACCCGGGAAGAGUCUCUGGGCGAGGCCAGGAAGCUGCAGCAGUUCCUGCGCGAGCUGGACGACUUCCAGUCCUGGCUGUCCCGCACUCAGACCGCCAUCGCCUCCGAGGACAUGCCCAACACCCUGACCGAGGCCGAGAAGCUCAUGGCCCAGCACGAAGGCAUCAAGAACGAGAUCCAGAACUACGAGGAGGACUACCAGAAGAUGAGGGACAUGGGGGAGAUGGUGACUCAGGGCCAGACGGACUCUCAGUACAUGUUCCUGCGUCAGCGUCUCCAGGCCCUGGACACGGGCUGGAACGAGCUCCACAAGAUGUGGGAGAACCGGCAGAACCUCCUGUCCCAGUCCCACGCCUACCAGCUGUUCCUCCGGGACACCAAGCAGGCCGAGGCCUUCCUCAACAACCAGGAGUACGUCCUGGCUCACACCGAGAUGCCGACCACGCUGGAGGGCGCCGAGGCCGCCAUCAAGAAGCAGGAGGACUUCAUGACCACCAUGGACGCCAACGAGGACAAGAUCAACGGCGUGGUGGAGGCCGGCAGGCGCCUCGCCAGCGACGGGAACAUCAACGCCGAGAAGAUCCUGGAGAGGGUCGCGUCCAUCGACGACAGACACAAGAAGAACCGAGAGGCCGCCGUGGAACUGCUGAUGAGACUGAAGGACAACAGAGACCUGCAGAAGUUCCUGCAGGACUGUCAGGAGCUGUCCCUGUGGAUCAAUGAGAAGAUGCUGACGGCUCAGGACUUGUCGUACGACGAGGCGAGGAACCUUCACAGCAAGUGGCUGAAGCAUCAGGCCUUCAUGGCCGAGCUGCAGUCCAACAAGGAGUGGCUGGACAAGAUCCAGAAGGACGGCACCCUGCUGGUGUCGGAGAAGCCGGAGACGGACGCCGUGGUGAAGGAGAAGCUGUCGGCGCUGCACACCAUGUGGGCGGAGCUAGAGUCGACCACGCAGACCAAAGCCCAGUGUCUGUUUGACGCCAACAAGGCCGAGCUGUUCACCCAGAGCUGCGCCGACCUCGACAAGUGGCUGGGGGGUCUGGAGGGUCAGAUCCAGUCCGACGACUACGGCAAAGACCUGACGUCCGUCAACAUCCUGCUGAAGAAACAACAGAUGCUGGAGAACCAGGUGGAGGUGCGUCAGAGGGAGGUGGUGGAGCUGCAGAGCCAGGUGAAGGCUCUGGGUGAGGAGGUGAAGGACGCAGAGGAGGUGGACGGGCGGAGGCAGGUGGUGGAGAAGAAGUUCCAGGAGCUGCUGGACCCGCUGCGACGCCGCAGGAACUUCCUGGUGGCGUCCCGAGAGGUUUACCAGUUCAACCGCGACGUGGAGGACGAGAUCCUGUGGGUCCAGGAGAGGACGCCUGUGGCCACGUCCACGGACCACGGACACAACCUGCAGACGGUCCAGCUGCUGAUCAAGAAGAACCAGACCCUGCAGAAGGAGAUCCAGGGUCACCAGCCUCGCAUCGACGACAUCCUGGAGCGCAGCGCCAGCCUCCUGCAGGACGAGUCGUCCUGCGCGGCGGUGAUCCGGCAGCGUAUGGCGGACCUGCAGGAGCUGUGGAGGCAGCUGAGGGAGGAGGCGGAGCAACGCCACAGCCGCCUGGAGGAGGCGCACAAAGCUCAGCAGUACUACUUCGACGCCGCCGAGGCCGAGGCCUGGAUGAGCGAGCAGGAGCUGUACAUGAUGUCAGAGGAGAAGGCCAAGGUACGCUGCUCUCUCUGUGUUCAGCUGGAGUUGUUGGAGGUGAGGAGGAUGCAGGAGGAAGAGGAGCGGCUGAGGAAGCCUCCGACCCCAGAGCCCGUCGUGGUGUUGCAGGAGGAGCCUCAGCAGCAACAGAGCGGGACCAUCACUGAGAACGGAGUGCCUUCAGACCAGGACUCUCCUCGGGACGGCGUGGACGGCGGCGAGCUGGUGAACGGCGUUGCUGAGCGCAGCUCGAAGGAGCCGAGUCCAGGAGCGUCACCGACCUCCGGCAGGAAGAGCAAGACCAGCCAGUCCUCCACGCUGCCCUCCAAGAACCAGGACUCGUCCUCCCUGCUGGAGGGGCUCCUGCACCGCAAACACGAGUUGGAGGCGCACAACAAGAAGGCGUCCAACAGGUCGUGGCACAAUGUGUACUGCGUCAUCAACAACCAGGAAGUGGGCUUCUACAAGGACAGCAAGGCGGCGGCUCAGGGAGUCCCCUACCACAACGAGGUCCCCAUCAGUCUGAAGGAGGCCACCUGUGACAUAGCCUCAGAGUACAAGAAGAAGAAACACGUCUUCAAACUCAGACUCACUGAUGGAAACGAGUACCUGUUCCAAGCCAAAGACGAGGAGGAGAUGAGCACCUGGAUCCAGGCCAUCCUGAACGCUACCACCGACCACGCCGACGUUCAGGGCAGCCACCCCGGCACGCCGGUGUCCGGGCGCGCUCAGACGCUGCCGGCCACCGUCACGCUCACCACGGAGUCGAGUCCCGGGAAGAGAGAGAAGGACAAAGAGAAGGAGAAGGAGAAACGCUUCAGUCUGUUCAAGAAGAAGCAGUAGAGAGGAGAGCGGGCCGCGCUUUGGUGAAACGGACUCUGAGACGUCACAUUUAGCUUCUUUACUUUAUCUACUGCCCCCUGCUGGACCACCACAGAACUGGAACCUGAGCCUCAGUCCUCCUGAGACCGGACUCUGGCUUUAUGGAGGUCUCACCUCGCUCCUAAAACACCUCCAUGAAGUUAGACUCACAGCCGUCACUCCUCCUUCACUUCCUGUUCCUAUAACGACCUUAAAUUAUCCUGAAGUCUGCAGCACGCCGUCUUCAGCACGCCACCUGCAGCACGCCGCCUGCAGCACGCCGCCUGCUGCAAGUCGCCUGCAGCACGCCGUCUGCAGCACGCCGUCUGCAGCACGCCGUCAGCAGCACGCCGUCUGCUGCACGCCGUCUGCAGCACGCCGUCUGCAGCACGCCGUCUGCAGCACGCCGUCUGCAGCACGCCGUCUGCAGCACGCCGUCUGCAGCACGCCGUCUGCAGCACGCCGUCCGCAGAGAUAAACUGCCAAACCACGAUCUGUGACGUCCUCUGGUGACUCAUCCGUCCGUUGGAGUCGUAGCAGAGUGAGCGCUCCCUGAAGGAGGAUCUGCGUUCAUCGUGUGGGUUAACUUAAAGAUGAAUCAUGACAUCAUAGUGAUGUCAUCGCCGAUCAGCCAGUGAGGAGGAGGCGUCUGAGCUCAGGCGAGGAACAGUUUCACCAAAGCGCAGCGUUGAUGGUGUUUGUUCGUCCUCGAUGCAGUUUUUUAUACCUUUGUGUUUCUGCGUGUGGUCGGCGGGGAGGCGGAGCCAGAGAGCGAGGGCGGCGGUGACGCGGUGUCCUCACGGCGUCCCCGCUGCUCUCUCUCUCUCGUGGCGUCAGCGACCACGCUCUCAUUCUUCUUCUUUGGUUUCUAUUCUUCGUCAGGUUGUUUUCUACUCGUUGGAGCCGGUCUGGAUUAGUCCCCCUCCUUGUGGGGCGGUCUUCAGAGACCCGUUCUUCCUCUGCCGUUGAGAAAUUGGACCAAUAGUGCUUUUUGUUUUGUUUCCUAUGAUUUCCUGUUUCCGACAGACUUUGUGUUUACGACUUGAGAACAGCCAAUCAGCUGGGAGGAGGAGGCGAUGUAGUUCACGUGCAUGAUCCGUCAGGCUCCAGGCCUGAGACACUUCUCCUCUUUUUUACCCUUCCUUCGUUCGGACGUCAGAGGGCGGAGAGGAGUGCGUGCUCACUCUGAGGCGGUGGACGGUGGCGGGUACGGCCGAAGGUUGCUUGCUCGUGGUCGGCUCGUGGCGGCGCUGCGUUGAGGUUCUGCUCUUUGAUACUCGUGUUGCUCUGCGUCUGUAUAUCUAUCGUCAUGUAUGGAAGUUAACGCCAUCUUACUGCACAAUCAGAUCGACAUCUAUAGGAAUGAAGAGUCUGAGAACAUAUCCAACUCAGACCAUCAAGGCUUUCUCAUGUAUGAAACUGCACCUGUAGAAGCUCUCUCUCUCUCCCUCUCUCUCUCUCUCUCUCUCUCCUCUCUCUCUCUCUCUCUCUCUCUCUCUCUCUCUCUCCUCCCUCUCUCUCUCCCUCUCUCUCUCUCACUCCCUCUCUCUCUCUCCCUCUCUCUAUCUCUAUCUCUCUCUCUCUCUCUCUCUGUUAAAUAUGUGCGAUGUCAUUAAAGCUUUUAAACUUUA